AUGUCUAUAUGCAAUGCAAAGGAUAUCCCAAAUGCAGAACUGGUCCCGCAAAUAUCAGUGUUGGAGGUCAUGUCUGACAGAGAGCCUUCAGAAGUGGACAACAAUAAGCAACCUCUCUCUCCCAGAGUUCUUGGCUGGUUGAAGCACAGCUUUGAGAAGGUGAUCCCCCAGCCCCCAGAGGUCCACGCUCCUGUCAACACAGAGACCUCUUUGGAAAGGGACACCCUUGCGUCUUCUCCAGCUGCAACUCCAUCUUCAUCCGCCACGCCACCUCUAGCACCAGCUCCAGCCCCUGAAGUGGAGAAAGUGGUCUCACCACCAGAAGAGCCAUCAAAACACGUGACAGAAGAACCCCCAUUACCAAAUGUGCUGAGCUGGAUUUUGCAGGAGCUGAGCCGCUGGAUGCCACAGCCUGCCGUCAAACACAAAGACAGCACUGCGGGUCACACUGAGGCUGUACAAAAUGGCUGUCUAUAUCGCGAUCCCGAGGAGAUGGCUCUGGAAGAUGUCGAUCCAGACUGGGAGAGGGGAAAGUGGGAGAUGGGGGACGUGAGCGUCCCUCUGGGCCGCCUGCCUCAGGUUAUUCAGCAGGAGGGUGCAGGCACACAGACUGGGCGCUGGACCCCUAUCAUGGACCGCAUCAAGCGGGAGGCCGAGGAGGCCCUACUGGCAACUCUGGAGGAGAGAGUUCAACGCCAAAUAUACCAUGCAUACUUCCUGCUAGUCCCCGCCCCAGAAUCCUCUACUGCACCUCGGAUUGGCAACCGAGCCCUGUUUGCUUUCUCCAGACUCCAACUGGAGAGGCUGGAGUCUGCGAGGAUGGCGGAGGAGUUUGCCAGGCGGGCCGUCGAGAGAGCGGUGAGGAAGCUGGCGGAGGAGCGGGUGGAGGAGCGGGCCGCCAUGAAGGCGUGGGAGCCUCAGGCGGAGACAGACGGUGGAGAACAGUGCUUCGUGUGUCCCGUGGAGAAUAUACGCAGCCCUCCAGAACGCAAACUACAGUCUUCAGAGACAUUAGCUCAGAGCCCCCCUCCACAACCACACAGAAAUUCUCACUGGGAACCAGGGGCGGAUGAAGUCAAGGCAUUAUCACCUCCUCUCGAGGACCAGAAAUCAGAAUCAGUAGAGACAGAGCUUCCUUCACCCACAGAACCUGACCAUCUAAGGACAUUAUCUCCUCUGACUGAGGAACCAGUAACUGAACCAUCAUCACCGCCUAAACCAGCAGUGGUAACAAAGAAAGACUCACACAGCAGAAUUUCCCCAUCUGAAGACAACGCGGAUUGUCCACCAGUGACCAAGCAGCCAAAGAGUAGCGAGGAUCAGUGUCUCGCCCCAGUUUCUGCACAGGGUGAAGAUGAUAAGGGGGUCAAGUGUGAAGCCCCAGGCAGCUGUCCUGCAGUAAAACACUGUCUAAUGCGAGUCCCCUACAUGCCUGACUGCCUCGACCACUGCAGCCGUCGCCUGCAGGAUGGUGGCGUGACUUUGCCGAAACUGCCCCCCAUGCCGGAGUUGCCCCCUCAGCUGGCCCAGCUGAACCACCACCUGCAGCUACACCUCUACCAGCUCAACCAGCACCUGCAGCCACACCUGGACCUGCUCAACCAGCACCUGCAGCCACACCUGGACCAGCUCAACCAGCACCUGCAGGCGCAGCUAGCCCAGUUGAAACCUCAACUGCCCCCACAGCUCGUUCAGAUACCCCAGCUCAGCCGCCAGUACUACCUCAACAUCGUGAACCGCCUGAACAGACUCAAGCCUCAACAAGAUGCCUAAGCGAAUCUAGCCCUGGAGUUAGACCAACUAGUGCAGCAGGACCCCGCCCUGCUCUCGCGGACCCCCUCCCCAUCCUCCCCUGGCAGCACGCUGGAGCUUCCCAAUGUUCCCAGUUACCCCCGCCUGCCUCCCAUUGGCCAUUCCAAGCUGUUAUCAGGCCUCUCUAAUCCUAGCUUCCACAUUGAGGAAAACCCCAGCCUGCCCUCCGCCCGACCCUCAGAGAGCUCCAGGUUAAGCAUGCACCCCGCUGUCAACGUGGAGGAUGUGGACACAGAGGGAGAGCUGGGAGGGGGUCCUAGCUACCUGCCUGAAGUUGUCACCCCACACAAACCCAACCUUAAAACCCUGACUGUGCCCGGCUUGAACAUGGCCUCUCGGAGAUGCAUGGGUGGAUCCAGAGGCCCCAAGUUGCAGUUAUUUUGGACAAAGAUAAAAAGGCUGUACUCCGAGGAUGAUAAUGAUGAGGAAGAUGGAGAGAGAACCAUCAGGGCCUGGCGCAGCCAGAGCAGCCUCCUGAGUGCUGAUGAAAGCACAAAGGACCGGCCGACCUCCGCCUUAAGCCAAACGAGCACCAUUGUCACCGAGCGACUCCAGGAGCUGGUGAAGCAUUUUAAGGAAAGGACCGAACGCGUCAAGGAAAAACUCGUCGAUCCGGACGAUUCUGAUGACGAAAGCCCCUCUGGCUCCCCCUCCAAGAAGCCUGCAGAGAAUCUUCCUCCAGAGGAAGAGAAGAAGGACGAGGCCCUUGGUCCAUCAGACAAGGAUGUAGAGGAACACUACUAUGAAAGGCUGUGCUGCAAAGUGAAACUGCCCUCAUGGUCCAGGAAGGUCAUGAAAUACCAGCUUCCUGAAAGUAUCGACCCCUUCACCAACCUGGUCUAUGUUCUCUGGCUCUUCUUUGUCACGAUUGCCUGGAACUGGAACAUAUGGCUGAUCCCAGUGCGCUGGGCCUUCCCGUACCAGACCCCGGACAACAUCCACCUGUGGCUGCUGGCGGACUACCUGUGUGACGCCGUCUACAUCCUGGACGUCCUGGUGUUUCAGCCUCGCCUGCAGUUUGUCCGUAGCGGGGACAUCGUGUGUGACAAAAAAGAAAUGAGGGGCAACUACACGAAAACGCUGCGUUUCAAGAUGGAUAUCGUAUCUCUCAUUCCACUGGAGUUGUUGUAUUUUAAGACCGGCUUCAAUUCUCUGCUUCGUCUCCCUCGGAUACUGAAGUUCAUGUCUUUCUUUGAGUUCAAUGACCGUCUGGAAGCCAUCUUGAGCAAAGCUUACAUCUACAGAGUCAUUCGUACCACCACCUACCUGCUCUACUCCCUGCACUGCAAUGCUUGUCUUUUCUACUGGGGCUCAGAUUACGAGGGACUUGGAUCCACUCAAUGGGCAUAUGAUGGAUCGGGCAACAGUUAUAUUCGCUGCUAUUACUAUGCUGUGAAGACCCUCCUCACCAUUGGGGGGGUUCCUGGACCCACCACUCUUUUUGAGACCCUCUUCCAGCUGGUCAAUUACUUUGUAGGAGUCUUUGCCUUUUCCAUAAUGAUUGGACAGAUGAGAGAUGUGGUGGGUGCAGCCACAGCGGGCAAGACCUACUACAGAGCCUGCAUGGACAACACCAUCAAGUACAUGGCCUCCUACCACAUCCCUCGUGAUGUGCAGAACCGGGUCAAGACCUGGUAUGACUACACCUGGCAGUCCCAGGGAAUGCUGGACGAGCAGGGGUUGCUGGUACAGCUGCCAGAUAAGAUGAGGCUGGACAUCGCUGUGGAUGUCAACUACGACAUUGUCAGCAAAGUGGCUUUGUUCCAGGGUUGUGACCGACAGAUGAUUUUUGACAUGUUAAAGAGACUCCGCUCCGUGGUGUACCUCCCAGGUGACUAUGUUUGCAAAAAGGGAGAGAUCGGAAGGGAAAUGUAUAUCAUCAAAGCCGGGGAGGUCCAAGUGGUGGGCGGGCCCGACGGGAAGACCGUGUUUGUGACGCUGAAGGCAGGCUCUGUGUUUGGAGAAAUUAGCUUGCUGGCAUUGGGAGGAGGGAACCGACGGACGGCUAAUGUAGUGGCUCAUGGCUUCGCCAACCUGUUCAUCCUGGACAAGAAGGACCUGGCGGAGAUCCUGGUCCAUUAUCCUGAAUCCCAGAAGCUGCUGCGCAAGAAGGCCAAAAAAAUGUUAACAAAAAACAAGAAGCCAGCGGAUGAUAAAGGGGAGACGAAGGACACCACCCAAGUGAUCCCACCCCGUCCAGAGACUCCGAAAUUAUUCAGGGCAGCUCUGGAGGUGACAGAAAAGUCUGGCAUGAAAGGGAUCUUCUCUAAACUGAAGGGCAAGAUAAACACAUCCAGCUCCACCCUAGAGCCGUCCAGCUCGUCCGCGAUUCCCCCUCCCUCCCCCGUGCACCGCCGCUCCCCCAUCCCACGCAAGCUCCCCCAUGAUGACGUCGACGUGGUGUCUGAAAGCUCAGACUGCUCCAUGCUGAUACGGAUGACACCCGGGCACGGUGGGGAGGAGAUGCUCUCCGUGGAAGUGUGCCCUGCGGAGCAAGAGGAAGCAGGAGACACAGAGGAUGGAGAGGAGGGCAAGGAAGAGGAGGAGCAAGGGAAGUAAAACAUAGGAGAGAAGAGAAAGGUGGAGAAGGAGCAAGAGAAGUAGAACAGAGAUGAAAAGGAGAGUUCAUGUCCGUGCCUGAAAGACUCAGCUCUCCUGCCAGUAAAUUAUAACUUAAUCACAAGAUGCUAAAACCCAAAGCCUAGAUGCUCGUUUCCCUCCUACAGGCUCUAUCAUUAGCUGCCAAGUAACCGGCACUUCGAGCCACUCCCAAAAUGACGUCGUCAUUCAAAAUAGAGAUAAUGUGUGCUUCUAUUCCAAAGCGGGUGCUGCCCCUGGAACCACUGAUCUGAGUCCGCAGCAGUGCGUGGCGGAAAGCUGCGGUCAAGCGUCUGGAGAUGAUUAUGGUUAUGCUUUCAGAAUAUCUAGUUAUAUUCUGCAUGUCUAGUUUCAGUCAGACUCCGGCAUACUGCUCCUUUUUAUUUAUUUAUGCAUUAUUUUGCUUUUUUGGAUGAAUCAUGUGGUGUUUGUUCCAAAUGGAAUGCCCCUUGACCCAGUAGGUGACUCUAACACCCAAAACAGGCUGGCAGAAUUCAUUUGACAAUCAGACUGUCUUGAUAUGAGGAAUUGCGUUUUUUAUGUGUUAUAGGCUGUGAUACACAACCGGAACUUUCUUUCUGUCCGUCAGCUGCUGACGAAUGUGCUUAGGGGUCUGCAGCAGGCAGUGAUUAAGGACCCAUCUUAUCAGGGACACGUUUAUUGUUGUUGUGUCCUUGGAAAGGGUGAAUAAAUGGAACUGAUCAGUGGCUACUCACCUGUGUAAAUAGGCGAGAAAUGACCUAUUUUGAGUUGAAUCUGCGCUUAGCAGAGUUUUGCAUUGGGCUUGGUGCUGCUGACAUUCAUGCUUCUCUUUCUGUUCUUGGCCGAAGAGGAAAAACUUUGAAACCCUAUAAGUUCCAGGAUGAGUGGAUAUGGUGUUUUUUUUUUUUUUACAUUUUUUAGUUUUAUUUAAAAUGUAAUGUAAUGAUUGAAAGGCAAAGUGUAGUAAUAUUAAACAUAAUGGUCAUGCAGAAUAAUAAUUUAGAAGAAAGGAAGAAAAUCUGAAAUGAAAAAAGUUCAUUGUUUUUUUUUGCAACCUAGUAAGAAAAAGAAGAGAGACAAUUAAUAUGAAAACUAUCCUGUUAGGGAUGAUGCUUUAGUGCUGAUUUUUUGGUGUGUGAUGUGUGGCUCUUCGGGUUAGGGCCCUGCACCCGUGAUCAGAAGGUUGUUGGUUCAGAGCUCAGGGUCAGCAGUUAUUUCACCAUUGGGCCCCUGAGUGUGGCCCUUAACUCCAGCUGCUCCAGGGACUGGCUGAGCCUGCUCUCUCAGCUGUACAUCAGUUUGCAUAAAAGUAAGUAAAUUCCAUUAUUCAUAAGGGAACAGUACAUGCAUCUUGUUUCUAUAUCACUAGUGUCAUUUGUGGGCUGCAAGGGUAAGCAUACAUUUCAGUUUAAGGGCAGUAAAGAGAGACAGUACAUUUAAUUAGUGUUUCAUACACUUUGAUCAUCCUCCGAUCUGGAUAAAGUGCUUAAACAGUCCGACUUUUAAUGUAUUUAACACAUUAAAAUGUCGCGAAUUGGUACAUUGGUUUCAAGGUCAGCAUUUUUACCAGCAAUACAUAUUACCAUUGUUCAUUCUUUUUCUAAAAAAUAGCAGGAAUAUAUGUCAUUUAAUAUCCAACACAGGGAAAAUAACUGUACAAUUCACGUUGUACGUGUAAUUCACUGUACAAUUGUUUUAUUAAAGCUUGUCCUGUA